GUCUGCGGAUUUAAAUGGGUUGGGAUGUAGCAGCGGAGACAAUUCUUUCCUCCAGCAGGAGUGCUCCUCCGGAGCGAGCCCCACCCCUGGCAAAGAUGUUUUCGGUGAGGCUCUUCUGCCUGGUCCUCACUGUGGUGGGCACAGUUCAGAUGGCAGAGGUCCAAGAUAAAGGUGAAUUUCUAGCUGAAGGAGGAGGUGUGCGUGGCCCAAGACUUACGGAAAGACAUCAAUCUGCCUGCAAGGAGUCAGACUGGCCUUUCUGUUCUGACGAAGACUGGAACAUCAAAUGCCCUUCUGGCUGCAGAAUGAAAGGGUUGAUUGAUGAAGUCAAUCAAGAUUUUACAAACAGAAUAAAUAAACUAAAAAAUUCACUAUUUGAUUAUCAGAAAAACAAUAAGGACUCUAGUACAUUGAGCAGGAACAUAAUUGAGCUUUUGAGAGGGGACUUCUCCAAUGCUAACAACAAUGAUAAUAUAUACAGCCAAGUGUCAGAAGAACUGAGAAGCAGAAUUGAGAUCCUGAAGCGCAAAGUCUUAGAAAAAGUACAGCACAUCCACCUUCUGCAGAAAAAUGUCAGGGAUCAGCUGAUAGAGAUGAAACGGCUGGAGGUGGACAUUGAUAUUAAGAUCCGAUCUUGCAAAGGGUCAUGCAGUAGGGCUUUAGAACAUAAGGUAGACCUCAAGGACUAUGAAAAUCAGCAGAAGCAACUUGACCAGGUUAUUGCCAUAAACUUACUUCCCUCUAGAGAUAGGCAAUACUUACCACUGAUAAAAAUCAGCCCACUUCCAGACAUAACUCCUGCAGAUUUCAAGACCCAGGCUCGGGAAACCCCUCCAGAGUGGAAGGCACUGCUAGAAACACGGCAGGUGAAAAUGGUGUUGGAGAGGGUUGGUGGAGACGAGCGUACCCGAGGAGGCUCUAUAUCUCAUGGACCAGGAUCCGUACCUGGAACUGGUAGCCCUGGAGGUCUGAAACCUGGGAGCUAUGGACCUGGAGGUCCUGGCACUUGGAAGCCUGGCCGUCCUGAGCCUGGAAGUACUGGCACUUGGGAUUCUGGCCAUCCUGAUCCUGGAAGUGCUGGCACUUGGAAGCCUGGCCGUCCUGAGCCUGGAAGUACUGGCACUUGGGAUUCUGGCCAUCCUGAUCCUGGAAGUGCUGGCACUUGGAAGCCUGGCCGUCCUGAGCCUGGAAGUACUGGCACUUGGGAUUCUGGCCGUCCUGAUCCUGGAAGUGCUGGCACUUGGAAGCCUGGCCGUCCUGAGUCUGGAAGUACUGGCACUUGGCACUCUGAACAUCUUGAGCAUGGAAGUAGUAGCACUUGGCACUCUGGUCAACACGAGCAUGGAAGUGUUGGCUCUUGGAAGCCUGGAAGUUCUGGGUCUGGAAGUUUAAGGCCAGAUAGCUCAGGGCCCGGGGACACCACUCCUUCCAACCCAGACUGGGGCACAUUCAAAGAAGUGUCAGGAAGUGUAAGUCCAGGGACAAAGAGCGAGGUCCACACAAGUAAACUGGUCACUUCGAAAGGAGAUAAGGACAUUGUGAUUGGUAAGGAGAAAGUCACCUCUGGUCACACAAGCACCACUCACCGUUCAUGCUCUAAAACCAUCACGAAGACUGUUACGAAAGCUGAUGGUCGAACAGAAACCAUCAAGGAAGUGAUAAACUCCGAAGAUGGUUCUGACUGCGGUGGCACUGAUGUAGAGUUCGCCCACAUGUUGCCUGGCAAGGGUAGCUUAGAUGAGUUCUUUCAUAGGCACAGGGAUGAAACAAGCUUAAGUAGAGAUCCAUUUCCAGAUUUCUUCUCCCCAGUCCUUAAAGAGUUUGAUGGUAAGACCCAUCCUGGGGGCCCAGGAUCUGACCUCGCAGGCUUCUUCCACCCUGAUGGACCUGAGUACUCUUCCAGUAGUAAAAUUUCAAGUCACAGCAAACAGACCAUAACCAAGACUAUCAACCGAGAAGGCGGCGCGGUUGAAAGCAAGAGCUAUAAAAUGGAAGAUGAGGCCGAUAGUGAAGAGGGUCUUGACCUUAAAGGAGGGCAUGUCAUCAAGAGAGUCUAUACUAGAACUCGCCCUGCCAGAGACUGUGGUGAUGCCCUUCAAACACAUCCUUCAGGUGCCCAAAGUGGCAUUUUCAAUAUCGAGCUACCAGGAUCCAGUAAGAUUUUUUCUGUUUAUUGCGAUCAAGAGACCGAUUUGGGAGGAUGGCUUUUGAUCCAGCAAAGAACGGAUGGAUCCCUGAAUUUUAACCGGACCUGGCAAGACUACAAGAGAGGUUUCGGCAGCCUGAAUGACAAGGGAGAAGGAGAAUUCUGGCUAGGCAAUGAAUACCUCCACUUACUAACCCUGAGGGGCUCUGUCCUUCGGGUUGAGUUAGAAGACUGGGCUGGGAAAGGGGCUUAUGCAGAAUAUCAUUUGAGGGUAGGCUCAGAGGCAGAAGGCUAUGCCCUGCAGGUCUCCUCCUACAAGGGCACAGCAGGAGAUGCUCUAAUCGAGGGUUCCCCAGAGGAAGGGUCAGAGUACACAUCUCACGCAGGCAUGCAGUUCAGCACCUUUGACAGGGAUGCAGACAAGUGGGAAGAGAACUGUGCCGAAGUCUAUGGAGGGGGCUGGUGGUACAACAACUGCCAAGCAGCCAACCUCAAUGGCAUCUACUACACCGGGGGCUCCUAUGACCCCAGGGACAACAGCCCCUAUGAGAUUGAGAAUGGCGUGGUCUGGGUCCCCUUCAGAGGUGCCGAUUAUUCCCUCAGGGCUGUUCGCAUGAAAAUCCGGCCCCUGGUGACACCAUAGGCGGAAGGAGUGGAAGUGAGAGCUGGCUCUUUUCUUUGUUUAGUGAAAUGGAGAGAAAAGAGGAAAGAGAUAGGAGUCCACAGUCUUUGCAACCUACCAAAAAAUUCUCAGGUGCUAUUUUAUACUUGGUACUGUAGCUAAAUGUAACUGAGACAUGUUAGUGCUUUAAAAAAUAAAGUUAUAUGAGUUUUUAAUCUUUAAAAUA